UGUCCACGGAAAGGGUUCAGUUCUCCGAGGCGCAAGUAAUUGUCCUCAAAGGGGGAAAGGGAAAGCCAGAACCCAGACGCAGACGCCUCACUGCUCUCACUGUACAGCCAGUACUGUUCUUCCUUGGAUUUUCGUCUCUGUUUCCCUUCUUCACUUUUCCGGAAAACACUUCCCACUCCGACAACCAAUGCCAUAGCACAAUAAGACUCUUUCAGCUUCACCCAUCGCUUUGCUUCUCUCUCUUUCUCUCUGUGUUUGAUGGGUUUGUUCGAUUUUGACGGAUUGAAAGCUCAGAAAGCCUGUGGGAGUUACCAGUCCAAGAACGAAGGUGAGAGAACGAACGCAAUGCUUCACAUCGCGAAGCUCUUUCGGUACGCGGAGCUGUGUCUUGCUGUGGUCCUCGUCUCGUGGGCCUUCGCUCGGGUCCCUUUCGCCGUUAGAAUCUCCGGAGAGUACUUCCGGCAGCUUUCCGGCGUCAUCGCGAGCCCUCUCUUCGUUUUUCUUCUCUGCAACGUUAUCAUCGUCACUCUCCUCGCCAAGUCCGGCCGGUUCUUCUGCCAAAACCAGUCCGGCCACGACGGCGAGACCGAACUCUACGAGGAAAUCAUCAAAAACAGCGGCGACCACAAUAAGUCGCAGUCCGAAACGGUUCCUCCCGCCCACUUGCCGGAGGCCAUCGUCUACCAUGACAAGCAGAUUAUUACUGCGAUGAUCACGACCGCUCGUGAAGACGCCGCUAACAUGUUCUCUGACUCGGACAUGGACUCGGAUUCGGAUCUGGAGCAUCCGAAGGCGUAUCGUAGGACUCAGUCGGAGAAGUUCAACCGCGAGAGUUGUGAGAAGUCUUGCGAAAAGCUCCGGCGAUCGGAGACUGAGAAGUGCCGGAAAGGUGUUAAAUCCGAAGACACUCUAGCUCCGGAGGACGAGCUAAGCAACGAGGAGUUCCAGCGCACCAUAGAGGCCUUCAUUGCGAGGCAGUUGACGUUUCGUCGCCAAGAGUCCCUUCCCAUCGUUCUACGGAACCAGAGCUCAGUCCCGGUUACCAAUUAGCGGACAAAAUCGAAAAUUUGAAAAAAAAGAAGAAAGAAAAAGAGAAGCAAAUUACUGUUUUUACAGUUUUUUAGUUGUUAGUUGUUGCUUCUAAAUGCCUACGUACAGGGUUAAUUUAUGGCCUCUGUUUUUUCCUUGGUGUGUAAUUUCUACCAAAGAAAGGAUAAAGAAACUGCUCUGUUUUUGGAGGGUUUAAUUACUGUAAUAGUUUUACUAUUUAUUAGCUUGGUAAAAUGGGUGCACAGGAGAAUGGAGAUCAAUUGAUCUGCCAUCGUUUGAGUAAUACAAUUUUUAUUAUAAUUA